AUGAUAAAUCUCUUUUCAAACGGGAUCAAUAUAAAUGGAAAAAAGUUUUUAUUUUCUAUUGGUCAAAUAAUAUGCGAUGCACCUGCUAAAGCAUUUUUAUUAAAUGUAAUGCAUUUCAACGCUUAUCAUAGUUGUAAUUCUUGCAUUGAAGAGGGAACCUAUAGCAAUAGGAGAGUAUGUUUUUUGGGUACAGAUGCACCUUUAAGAACCAAUGGGUCUUUUCGUCUUAAGAGUGAUGAACAUUAUCAUAAAGGCAUUUGCCCAUUUGAAGAAUUACACAUUGACAUUACUUCGGUUGUAGUUUUAGAAUACAUGCAUAACGUUUGUCUAGGGGUUAUGAAAAGGCUUUUACAAUUCUGGAAAAAUGGUCAAAAACCUGUUCGAUUUUUAAAUAAAGAUUGUGAACAACAAAUUUCAAAUGAACUAGUUAACUUACACCCACAUUUACCUUCUGAGUUUAAUCGAUUGACUCGAUCACUAGAUGAAGUUGAAUAUUGGAAGGCAACAGAGUAUCGUACAUUUUUAUUAUAUACAGGUCAUAUUCUGUUAAAAGGCCGGAUAAAAUCUUCACUUUAUCAACAUUUUUUACUUCUGCAUAGUGCAAUUAAAAUAUUAAUCUCAAAUGAAACUUGUUUUUCCUUAAAUGACCUGGCCAAUAACUUAUUAAAACAAUUUGUUAAAGAUUACCCCAAUUUAUAUGGAGAGGAAUAUGUAACAUAUAACGUUCACGGACUAAUACAUAUAUCUAAUUUUGUAAAAAUACAUGGUCCACUUGAUCAAUUUAGUGCGUUUAAGUUUGAAAAUUAUUUGCAAAUAAUUAAGAAAACCAUUCACAGUGCAAAAUUUCCCCUACAAGAUGUAUAUAAUAGAGUCAUUGAGCAACAGUUUUAUUCAGAUGUACAUAAUAUAAAAUAUCCCAUACUUAAAAAAGAAAUACCUUAUGAUUCUUAUACACAUAAAGAUAUUACUAUAACAUUAUAUGAGAAUGUUAUACUUAAAAAAUUUAAAGUUAGCUCCACUAAACUGCGUGAUAAAUUUUUUUUUUGUCUAACAAGAAGAUUAUUGUACCUGUUGAAAAAAUUAUGCUGUAUAGAAAUGGAAAAAUUCUUCUUGAAGUCAAUCAAUAUGAAAAUAUUUCUCCUAUUUUCACUAGUCCUUUGUCAUCAGAUGUCAUUGGAAAUUAUUUUGUGA